CUAUCCGGAAAAGUGAACAGUGAAAGCGUCGUGCGAACAUGACAACGUGUUUCCCUUCUUCGCCCUCCCAUCGUCAUCUUCUUCUUCCUCCAUCGAUUUCCAAAACCCUAGUCGUGUUUUCCUCCCCUAAUUUCAACAACCCUAGCUUUCGCUUCCUCUCCAAUGGCCCUUCACCGUCUGCGACAAGGACUCGGACUGUCGCCCUCUGUUCCGCCACCGGCAACAACAGCAGCAGCAAUCCGGGUUCUCCUUCCUCCGGCGACACUGGUUCAGGUAACUUCUGCAUCAUCGAGGGGCCAGAGACCAUUCAGGAUUUCAUGCAAAUGCAGCUUCAGGACAUCCAAGAUCACAUAAGGAGUAGACGCAACAAGAUCUUUCUCCUCAUGGAGGAGGUAAGGAGAUUACGCGUACAACAACGCAUCAAGAGCAGCAAUUUCUUCGAUGGCGCCUCUGAGGACGAGGCAGCUGAGAUGGCCGACAUCCCAUCUUCUAUUCCUUUUCUCACUUAUGUGACACCAAAGACUUUGAAGCAACUCUACAUGACAGGCUUGUCACUAAUAUUGGGGACGAUCUUCUUUGGUGGCCUCAUUGCACCGAAACUGGAAAUAAAAUUAGGACUGGGAGGAACCUCGUAUGAAGAUUUUAUACAGAGCUUGCAUCUACCAAUGCAAUUGAGUCAGGUAGACCCUAUUGUGGCAUCUUUCUCGGGCGGGGCUGUAGGUGUCAUUUCUACCUUGAUGUUAAUUGAAGCCAACAAUGUAAAACAGCAAGAGAAGAAAAGAUGCAAGUACUGCCAUGGGACCGGGUACUUGCCAUGUGCUCGAUGUUCAGCAAGUGGUGUGUGUUUGAGCAUUGAUCCGAUAUCAUUGUCUAACACAUCCAAUCUACCUCUUCAAGUCCCCACAACCAGAAGAUGUCUGAACUGUUCCGGUGCGGGAAAGGUGAUGUGCCCAACAUGCCUUUGUACUGGGAUGCUAUCAGCCAGUGAACACGAUCCACGGUUCGAUCCAUUUGACUAACAAGGCAUUGGAAAGCAUGAGCCUUUACAAUGGCAUCUGGAUAUUGUAUACUCAUACGUGACGUGUUGUAAAGGUUUAAACUAGAACUUUGUACUCUGUUUCCUAUUGUUUUGUUAAAGGGAAAAGAAGAAAACCCUACAGUUGUAUGUUUGUCAUAAAUUGAUAAAAUUAAGUAAACACCAA